AUGCCGAUCCUGCCGGAAACGGAUCCCGUGUCCAACCGGUGGGCCGACCAGGACAACAGCAGCAACGGCAAGUGCCAACAAGAAAUGAGCUCUGACGUUGUUUUCGAUACGAUCCGCAUCAGCAAGUGUAUGCUCGAGGAAUCGGGCGAAAAUGGACGCGGUGAAAAACCCGCUCUGAAGAUGAAAAUUGUGCUCACCGAAAAGAAAGACAAAAAUGAAGCAUCUUCAGAUUCUAAACGAGAUGAUGAUGACGACACAGACAUCAUUGGAGACGAGUCAGACUCUUCGUCAGAACUCACGAUAGUUGAUGAAACGAAGACCGAGAAGGCACUAGAAGCGGACGAGGAACAAGCGAGCAGGAAGAGAUGCCCCAGAGAGUUUCGUAGGAAGCGCAAGUUGAAGGACAUUCACGAAGUCAAAAGUUACGCCAUGAAAAAACGUCGGGAGGACAGAGAAGCGGAGAAACGACGUGCGGAGGAAAUUUUCAAGAGUCAGGAGAACGAAGCGAUGGCAAAACGGAUCGCCAUGGAAUUCAGCAACUUCAGAAGAUUCAGAGUGCCGGCAUCCGGAGAAUCCCCGAAAGUGGAAAACCAUCCCCCCGCUGAGAUGAGAACACCGAAACCCGACCGACCCCUGGGACCGAAUACGCUCGAAUCCUCGGUUUCCUCUCAGAACGACUUGCUCGGUAGCCUGGAGAAAUUUCCAUCGCCCAAUAGGUCUCCGGGAGCUUCUUCAAUCAUCAAUCAGAAUAAUGAGCCUCCACAGACGGUUCCUCGGAUCGCGGCAUCGCUGAAUUCAGCAUCGAAGUGCGAUUCGAAGGUUCCACAGGACCCGAAAGCGGGACUCCGAGAAAACUCCUCCACGUCUGCGUCAGCUCAAGGCAAGCAUCAUAUGCCGAUCGGAAUCCCGCCCGCGCCCUCGAUGAUGCAAUCGAAUCUGAGCUCAGUCAACCCUAAUCCCGGCGGCGUGCCGAGACGCGAAAGUCCGUGCUCAAGCCCUAGUAGCAGUCCGCACGCUCCUCCGGUUCAACAGACGAGCGACCAACUGGUUUCGAGAAGCACCAAGACCGACCCGAUAGACUCCCCCGGACCCCCUCCGAACGUCUCGGGCGGCGUAUCUGAUCGUUCCAGAUCGCCACCUCCAACCAUCCACAUCCCGGGCCCGUUGUGCUCCACAGAAGACUUUCCAGGAGAAUUACGUGAAGUACCUACCGACUCCAAGGUCGCGCAGAGCGUCGAUGAACUUGUUGUACACGUCAGCAGCAACUUCUCCGAGCCCGUAGGAACUUCUGCGAGAAAAGAGUCUCCUUGCAUGUUUGGAAGCCCAAGCCCAGUUUCUAGCGGAGCAUCCGCCGUCUCAAACUUUCAAUCUGAUGCCGCCAGACUUCCGAGCCCGAUUCCGGCGAAUCUGAGCGUGCGAGUGCAGAAUAAUGUUCGGCAUUCGGGUCCGGAAGUCAAAAACCAUAUAGGCUCCUGCGCAGACGCGAUGCGCGGCUCGGAACAGCCACCCAGAUUUACGCCAACGCUCGCGAUCGAUGUCGAUAGGACCGCAGGUCGGGUGUACGAUCCCAAGUUCAGCGCAUUCAGUGUCGAUAAUCUAACGAGGAACGACGCGCGAGUCCGAGAGCGGCGGGCAUCCAACAGCGACCCCGAUAGGGAGUGCCUGCGGAAGAACCAGGGCCAGUUUGAGCUGAGAAUGCCGUCAGUUCGAGCACAGGAGAAGCUCAAGGCGACGAGGGGCGAUAGGGAUUUCGGUGCAUCUAGCGACAAAAUACGCGUGGUCCGCCAAUGUGAAUUCGAAUUCGCCAGACCCCAAGCCGCACCUCGGAAAUCCCGUCCAAGGGCCCCGUCCCCUCCUCCACUCUCGAGCUCAAAUUCGUCACCGGUAUGGUGUGCCACAGGGGCGUCCGGCAGCGCUCCGAAUCCGGAGUCCAAAAGCGCUCUGAUUUGGCGCUAUAUACAAGACCAGAGUGGGGGCAACGCCAUGCAGACCAUCGAUAGCGCGCUCGAGUCCGUCCGUGCCAGUAGCCAGAGUCUCGUCAGACCGGAGGAGGGCAAGAACAUUCUUGCCAAUUACCUACAAUGCCAGCGCAAAGAGGAUUUUUCCGACGACGUCGCCAGAGAGCAGUCAUCUUCUCCGGAUCCUAUGCUCCGCUCACGCGAUCCGCGGUUUCUGUACCUUUCGAAAUUGAAGAAGAUGCUCGUCACGCUCCAGAAGUUCUCGACCACGAUCUCGAUGGACGUUGGGAAAAACGUCUACCACAAUAUCUACGCGCUAGCUAGUGGUGCGAUCGCGAUCGAGGAGUUCAUCACCAAGACGCAGCGCGCAACUAAACUCGCCCUGAAACCGUACGUUGGACCUUUCCUGGCCUCGUAUUUGCCGCUUCUCCAAGAAGAGAUCACCGUGAAAGCCGCCACGGUCAGAAUGAGCUCAAGCCGGUAUAUGCGUUCGAAUCCCGAGUGCCUCAUCGAUCCGAGGGUAGAGCCAGGGGAUCCGCACGAGGUGUUCGUUUCCGAAUUCGAUGUUCCGAACAAGAAGAAGAAUGCCCAGCCACCACCUGGACACAAUCCUGUGGAGUCUCAAGUCCCUGCACAGAGCCCAACCGGAGAUCAUCUCACGAAUGCCUCUGUGGCCCACGAGAUGCAUGACUUAGAUUUGCGCUAUCAAACUCAUCUAGCCAUUCAAAACGAUCUGAUGACGAUCCAAGAAAUGUUGGAUCGCAUCUCGAAAAUGGUGGAAAACACUAAGAAAGCGCUCAGCUCUCUUCAAGAUGAGUCUUCGCUCCCCGCUAACGCAGAGACGUCCGCGAGGUCCUCGCCUUCCCGUUCUCCUGUGGUCCAGCCAACACCUCCAACUCCUCACCUUGCAUCGGCGUUGUCUGCCGGAAACAGCACGUCGAAGGAGUUGGCACACUUGGAUCACUCGACUGCAACACCAAAUCGCUUCAGCACUAAUGCUCGAAAUUUCACGCUUCGUAAUUCGCAACCGAGAGACGUUGCGUACCGGCUAGGCGUCACGUCGUCUCGUCCAACCCCGAAUGAGUUCCCUCAGACGGACGUUGGUAUCGAUUGCCAAGCGCAAAAAGACACGAACUCGAGGCUGGAGAUGCGGAAUCCACAGCUGAUGAUGUCUACGGCGACCUCGUCCACCUUCGCGUCUAGAUCAAGUUCCGUUGACAGCCCGAGCACCAUGCAGAAGGACACCAUGCCGCUCCUGAAUUCAUCUCUACCGUCGAGAUUGACUGUGGGUGGCUACGCAGCCACGGAGCCAUCGGAGCGGCGCUCGGAUGCGACGCAGAAAGAGCUCCUUGUGCCAACUGAUCGAGAGAUUGUCCCAAUGCAUUCGAAUUUCCCGAUGCCGAACUUCACAUCGUCGACGCAAGCGCCUGAGAGAAAAUUCCCCGACAGCUCAGGAGCGAAAUCCUCGACACCGAUAUCGAGAAUUCCAAUGAACCCCAGCGUAUCCCAGAGGCUGAUGUCUCAGGCGGGCAAUGUCGGCGACCCUGAGCAAGACCGGAGUGAUUUGUCAUUCAUCGAGGAUAUGGGUGACGGGCCCAGCGAUAAACUCGCCAGUCUUGGGAGUUUCCCCGGUGGGACCCAGUUCGAAGGAAGCUUAUCGCCGCGACCACCUGUUUUCUAUCCGCCGCCUCUGCAAAUGCCCGGCCUGCAAAUGACCCCGCAACCACCGGUGUUCCCGCUCAUGACCCCCGAACAGUUGCAAAGACAGUGGCUGCUCUUGGCAGGUUCUGCCUUCCGUGGGGGCUUCCCGCCGAAACUCGGCUUAGAAAAUUACGCUCACGCUUUCCAAUUACUGGCCGGACCGAAUGGAUGCCCAAGGAGACGCGGCCGUCAGACCUACACUAGGUAUCAAACUCUAGAAUUGGAGAAGGAAUUCCAUUUCAACCACUAUUUAACUCGACGCCGUCGAAUCGAAAUCGCUCAUGCGCUGUGUCUCACCGAGCGGCAAAUCAAAAUUUGGUUCCAAAAUCGGCGAAUGAAGCUCAAGAAAGAGACCCGCGCUGCAAAGGACGGCGAUGACAGCAAGGACGGCGAGGCAGAAGAAACGAAAGAAAAGUUAGUAUCUGGUCCCGGAAGCUCUACGGAUGCUGAUACGACUACGUUGGCGAGCGACAGCGCCGACUCGGACGACGAGGAGGUGGAUCCAGUCGGCGAGGAAAAAGAAUGCAAGGAGGUUUCGAACCAGGACUCGAACUCCAACUCGAGCGCUUCGGGUGCCCCACUGGCGCUCUCCAGAGAGCCGACCGAGACUAAGAUCGGGAGUCCUCAACUGCAACAAGCUAGUCCAGUCCCCUUCAACUACAGCAUACCACAUCUGAGCAAUCUCCAGCAGAUGUCCCAACAUGUUUCCCAGCAGAUCUCUCAAAUACCCGCGAACUUCUUCCCUCUAACUUUCGGGCAGCCAGCUCCACCGGCAGAAGGCGUAUCCCCGCCGCCCGAGAGCGCGCGUCAGUGA